UGUGGUGCGGUCUACUUGUGUCAAGUGCACGUUGUCUUUUAUUUUCGAUUUCAAAUUGUGUUUUAGGUUAUUUGGUGGAAUAAUAUGAGGGUUUGCUAAUAAUCCUCAAAGCCUUCGCGAUAAGAUCGAUUUAUCCAACUUCACAAAAUGAGUGAUUUCGUACUGAAUGAUAGCGACACAGACGUUGAUUCUGAUGAGGAGUUACAAGAGGCAUUUGCGAAAGGUUUACUUAAACCUGGCUUAAAUGAAGAAAUAGAGAAGGUACAGAAGAGAUAUGUGAACAAUGUAGCAGACUUGAGGGCCAAGUUGAAGGAAUUUGAGCUCAAACUACCUUGGUUGGAAACAGUUGACUUAGUAACAACAGUGGCCCCAAUGGCUCCUGAUAUUGCCUUGCAAAUGCAACAGACAGCACAAAGAAGGAAGAAUGUAGUGGAAAACACAAAAGGCAACAAAUUGUAUGACCCCACAGAGGACCCGGUACUGAAUGAGUUUAAGAGAGAGAACUUAAUACACAGACAAGCACAAGCUGCUGUUGUUGAUGGCAUUAAGAGACUGCAGGAACUGAAUAUACCAACAAAAAGGCCAGACGACUACUUUGCAGAGAUGGCAAAGUCAGAUGAUCACAUGCAGAAAGUACGUAAGAACCUGAUGUCCAAACAAGCAGCUCAGGCUCGCACUGAAAAAGUUCGCCAGCUGAGGGACCAGAAGAAAAUGGCCAAGAGAGUACAGAUUGACGCAAAACUUAAACAGGCUGCAGACAAAAAACAAAUGUUAGAACAACUGAAAAGGGUUCGCAAAGGAAAAUCUACAGAUCUAGACUUUUUAGAGGACAAUAAAGGGAAGAAUGCAAAUAAAGGCAACCCUAAAAAUGCUAAAGUCAAAGUCAAUAAGAGACGGGCAAUGAAAGACAGCAAGUUUGGUUUUGGAGGCAAAAAGAAAGGAUCUAAAUUAAACACAAGAGAGUCGUCAAACCAAAUGGAUGGUUUUAAUAGUUCAGCUAAAAAGAAGCCAUUCGAUUACAAAUCUAAAUCAUUCAAACCUAACAAGAAGAAUAUAAGGCCUGGUAAGUCUAAGAGGAAAAAUGCUAAGAGAUAAUUUAAGGGUUUUUAUUUGAUAAGAUUAAUAAAGAUAUUGGAAUUAAA